AUGAGAGCUGGGCGGCACUGGCCUGAGCCGCCUGCCAGGCUGAGAAGCGUCAUGGCCAGCAUCGCGCAGGCCUGCCUGGCUGCUCUCCUCCUGCUGCCUAUGGCCGCCGCCAUGCACUCCGACUGCAUCUUCAAGAAGGAGCAAGCCCUGUGCCUGGAGAAGAUCCAGAGGGUGAAUGACCUGAUGGGCUUGAAUGACUCCUCCCCAGGGUGCCCUGGGAUGUGGGACAACAUCACGUGUUGGAAGCCCGCCCACGUGGGUGAGAUGGUCCUCGUCAGUUGCCCUGAACUCUUCCGAAUCUUCAACCCAGACCAAGUCUGGGAAACGGAAACCAUCGGAGAGUUCGGUUUUGCAGACAGUAAAUCCUUGGAUCUCUCAGACAUGAGGGUGGUGAGCCGGAAUUGCACGGAGGAUGGGUGGUCGGAGCCAUUCCCGCAUUAUUUCGAUGCCUGUGGGUUUGAGGAGUAUGAAUAUGAGACUGGGGACCAGGAUUACUACUACCUGUCGGUGAAGGCCCUGUAUACAGUCGGCUACAGCACGUCCCUCGUCACCCUCACCACCGCCAUGGUCAUCCUGUGUCGUUUCCGGAAGCUGCACUGCACCCGCAACUUCAUCCACAUGAACCUGUUCGUGUCGUUUAUGCUGAGGGCCAUCUCCGUCUUCAUCAAAGACUGGAUCCUCUAUGCUGAGCAGGACAGCAAUCACUGCUUUGUCUCCACUGUGGAAUGCAAGGCCGUGAUGGUUUUCUUCCACUACUGCGUCGUAUCCAACUACUUCUGGCUGUUCAUCGAGGGCCUGUAUCUCUUCACCCUGCUGGUGGAGACCUUCUUCCCCGAGAGGAGAUAUUUCUACUGGUACAUCAUCAUUGGCUGGGGGACACCGACUGUGUGUGUGUCCGUGUGGGCUAUGCUGAGGCUCUACUUCGAUGACACAGGCUGCUGGGAUAUGAAUGACAACACGGCUCUGUGGUGGGUGAUCAAAGGUCCUGUAGUUGGCUCCAUAAUGGUUAACUUUGUGCUGUUCAUUGGCAUCAUUGUCAUCCUUGUGCAGAAACUUCAGUCUCCAGACAUGGGAGGCAACGAGUCCAGCAUCUACUUCAGCUGCGUGCAGAAAUGCUACUGCAAGCCACAGCGGGCUCAGCAGCACUCUUGCAAGAUGUCAGAACUGUCCACCAUUACUCUACGGCUCGCCAGGUCCACCCUGCUGCUCAUCCCACUCUUUGGAAUCCACUACACGGUCUUUGCUUUCUCCCCGGAGAACGUCAGCAAGAGGGAGAGACUCGUGUUUGAGCUGGGUCUGGGCUCCUUCCAGGGCUUUGUGGUGGCUGUUCUCUACUGUUUUCUGAAUGGAGAGGUGCAGGCGGAGAUCAAGCGGAAGUGGAGGAGCUGGAAGGUGAACCGCUACUUCACCAUGGAUUUCAAGCACCGGCAUCCGUCCCUGGCCAGCAGCGGCGUGAAUGGGGGCACCCAGCUCUCCAUCCUGAGCAAGAGCAGCUCCCAGAUCCGCAUGUCUGGCCUCCCGGCCGACAACCUGGCCACCUGA